AUGGAUAUGGAAAUAAGUGAUUCGUCUGAUAAAUGUUUAAAUAGAGGCAGGAGAAACGCAUCAAGAUUACGAAUACUUUCUUCCUCUUCAGGCGAAGAUUUUGUUGACGUAAACAGCAACGCUAUGAAAUGUUUCUCGGGGGAAGAUUAUGUAUCUGAAUUAGAGAACGAGGAUAACAAUGAAGAAUGGCAAGAAAUAAAAGGAAGAACUUCAUUAGUAAAUAAGUAUUCGGAAGAAGAAAAAUUUUUACGUGAAGACACCGAUUGUAAUGAUCCUUUUGCUUUAUACAAAUUAUUCUUUACGGAUUACAUAUUAGAAAAGAUAGUCGAAGAAACAAAUAAAUAUGCUGCACAAUGCAUAAAUAAUUCAUUAUUUAUAAGUAGAACGCACCAACUGCCCUGGAAGCCUGUUACAAAAAAUGAAUUGAAUACUUUUAUUGGCAUCUUGCUGAUUAUGGGUGUAAUGCUAUCACCAGAUAUUAGAUUAUAUUGGUCUCAAAAGGAGAUGUAUACAAACCUACGCAUAAAAAAUGCAAUAAAACGUGACCGUUUUUUAUCGAUUCUUCAGUAUUUACAUUUUUCGAACAAUACCACUGCUAAAAUGAUAAGAUUGGUUAAACAAAAUUCGAGACGUUAUUGA